AUGGCUGCCUUUGCCCGCCUGCUGGAGCGUCUCCUCUGGCCAGCCCGCAAAAAACAGGAGUCAGAAGAGGAAGCGGAGGAGGGGCACAGGACUCAGCAUGGGCCUCGGUUGCUCCUGGACGCGCCGCGAUGCGUCCAGCGGCCGCACGGGGGUGCGGCCGCGUCUUGUGGCCUGCGCUUCGGGGCGAGCGCUGUGCAAGGCUGGCGCGCGUACAUGGAGGACGCGCACUGCGCUUGGCUCGAGCUGCCCGGGCUACCGCCAGGCUGGGCAUUCUUUGCGGUCCUCGACGGCCACGGCGGGACGCGAGCUGCCCUCUUCGGCGCGCGCCACCUGCCGGGCCACGUGCUCGAGGCACUGGGCCCAGCGCCCGGCGAACCCGAGGGAGUGCGCGGGGCGCUACGCCGAGCCUUUCUGAGCGCAGACGCACAGCUGCGUGCGCUCUGGCCUCGGGGCGAGCCGGGGGGCUCCACAGCCGUGGCGUUGCUCGUCUCCCCGCGAUUUCUGUACCUGGCGCACUGCGGUGACUCCCGAGCGAUGCUGAGUCGCGCCGGCGCCGUGGCCUUCAGCACCGAGGACCAUCGGCCCCUCCGGCCCCGGGAACGGGAGCGCAUCCACAACGCGGGAGGCAUCAUCCGCCGCCGGCGUCUCGAAGGCUCUCUGGCAGUAUCCCGAGCGCUGGGCGACUUUGCUUACAAAGGGGCUCCGGGAAGGCCCCCUGAGCUGCAGCUCGUUUCCGCGGAACCUGAGGUGACCGCCCUGGCUCGCCAGGGCGAGGACGAGUUCUUGCUAUUGGCCUCCGACGGUGUGUGGGACGCGAUGUCUGGCGCUGCCCUGGCGGGACUGGUGGCAUCGCGCCUCUGCGUGGGCCUGGCCCCGGAGCUUCUCUGCGCGCAGCUACUGGACACGUGUCUGUGCAAGGGUAGCCUGGACAACAUGACCUGCAUCCUGGUCUGCUUCCCCGGGGCCCCCAGGCCUUGUGAGGAGGCCAUCAGGAAGGAGCUAGCGCUGGACGCAGCCCUGGGCCGCAGGGUCGCCGAGCUGUGUUCCUCUGCUCAGGAGCCCCCCAGCCUGAACACGGUUUUCUGGACUCUGGCCUCGGAGGACAUCCCAGAUUUACCUCCUGGGGGAGGGCUGUACUGCAAGGCUGCUGUCCUUGCUGAAGCUUAUUCUCAGCUCUGCCAGGCCCCAGGACGCAACUGGCAGAAGGGCCCGAAUGGGGCUGGAAAGCCCACCGGCACCCAUUCAGACUCUUCCUUGGACUUGAAGCCCUGACAGCCGUUGCCCUUUGGGGAUCCUCUGCCCAGCCGUGGCCUGAAAGGAACUAAGGAAGAGAACCUCUUCCCCAGCUACACAGACCGGCGGAAGGAAGACAAACGGAUGGAGGAACCCCGGAAUGCUUAUUUCCCCUUCUCCUCCUUCCCUCUCACAGAAAGUCUUAUGAGGGGAAAUUCUACCCACCCUCUGAACUAAGAAAGAAAGAAAAGAAAGAGAAAGAAAGAGAAAGAAAA